GAGAGAGGGAGCGAAACGGGGAGAGAGAGGGUCGCAGGUUCCUGAACAAGCGUUAGGCGUUAGAGGGCGGCUUGGAAGGAAACUCAAGGAGAUUUAUACAGCAAUUGAAGGGCAACCUGUUAUUCUCCACCUGUCUUUCUAUUGUUGUUUUAAAAAUUAUUUUAACAUUUUGGAGAGUUUGUUUUCUUUCCUAAGCCUAAGCGCUCUUGCGGAGGCAGUAACUAGUGAAGGUUACUCUGUGAUUCUCUGGGUGCCUGGUCGUUCCGAACUCAGACCAUGCGUUCCCUGUGGCUGCUCCUGGUCCCGUGCCUGUCCCUGUCCCUGGCGCCCCUCGUCCAGACCGAGAAGGGCCUGGAGUUCCCUCGCUAUGACGGGAAUGACAGGGUCAUCGACAUCAAUGACAAGAACUACAAGAAGGCUAUGAAGAAAUACAGCAUUCUCUGUCUGCUAUACCACAAACCCAUCCCUGACGGCAAGGAGCUGCAGAAACAACACCAGAUGACUGAGAUGGUGCUGGAGCUUGCUGCCCAGGUUAUGGAGGAAAAGGAGAUUGGGUUUGGAAUGGUUGACUCCCACGAAGACGUCAAGGUUGCCAAGAAGCUGGGCCUGGUGGAAGAGGGAAGUGUGUACGUGUUCAAGGGAGACCGUGUGAUUGAGUUUGAUGGCCUGCUCUCCGCAGACACCCUGGUGGAGUUCCUACUAGACCUGUUGGAGGAGCCCGUGGAGGUGAUAGGAAAUACUCUGGAGCUGAGGGCCUUCGACAGGAUGGAGGAACACAUCCGUCUUAUUGGCUACUUCAAGAACGACAAAUCAGAACACUACCAUGCAUUCAAGGAGGCUGCAGAGCAGUUCCAGCCCUACAUCAGAUUCUUCGCUACCUUUGAGAAAUCUGUGGCCAAGGAGCUGACCCUGAAGAUGAACGAGGUGGAUUUCUAUGAGCCCUUCAUGGAGGAGCCUGUCACUGUCCCUGACAGGCCCAACUCUGAGGAGGAGAUCGUGGCCUUCGUCACUGAACACAGGAGACCAACACUGAGAAAACUGCGUGCUGAGGACAUGUUUGAGACCUGGGAGGACGAUUUGGAGGGGAUCCAUGUAGUGGCCUUCGCAGAGGAGGAGGACCCUGAUGGUUAUGAGUUCCUGGAGCUGUUGAAGGAGGUGGCCAGAGACAAUACCCACCACCCUGGUCUCAGCAUCAUCUGGAUCGACCCGGAUGACUUCCCCCUGCUGAUCCCCUACUGGGAGAAGACCUUCCACGUGGACCUGUUCAAGCCUCAGAUCGGUGUGGUCAACGUUACUGAUGCUGACAGCAUCUGGCUGGAGAUAGACGAACAGGACCUGCCCACAGCCCAGGAGCUGGAGGAUUGGAUAGAGGACGUCCUGUCUGGCAAGGUCAACACAGAGGAUGAUGACGAUGACAACGAUGAUGAUGACGAAGAUGACAACGAUGAUGAUGACGAAGACGAUAGCGAUGAUGAUGACGAAGACGAUAGCGACGAUGAUGAUGAAGACGAUAGCGAUGAUGAUGAUGAAGACGACGAAGAUGAUGACGAUGACGACGAUGAUGACGACGACGGAGAUGAUGACGAUGAUGACGACGACGGAGAUGAUGGCGAUGAUGAAUAAUUAAAAAACUACAAAUUUGUAAUCCAAAAUUCAUAACAUUGUUGUAUAGUCUUCACUGUACUAUCAUCAAAGUGAAUGAGUUCAGGGAGAGAGGAAUAGAUCUAUAUGCUUUUAUAGAAUAUGUUGUACAAUCUGUACAUCACUGGCCAAAAUCAACCUUUCUGCAUUAGAAGAAAACCCAUCAACAGAUUUUGUUUUUCAAGAAUCUGAUAAAAAUACUGUAGAUAAACUGAAAUCUAUCUGAAAGAGAGAAGUAACACUAUGUUGACCAACAGAGAUACUUCAGAAAACCCCAAACAGUACUUUCCAUCCUUCCCUUAAUUCUACUAAUUUAUAACAAUGACUGGCAACCACGACAAAUACAUUAAUCAAACUUUAGUUUGAUCAAUGAAGUGCUGCUGUACACUAUCCUAAACCUCACUGAAGUCACUGAAAAUGUUGGCAUCUUUGUGUGCUUUUCUGUGCCCUCUAUUAUAUACUCUGUGUAGAUAAUUGCAUUUUAGGUUCUACUUCCUGGAUUCAGUGCAAAUACACACCUGUCUCUCCCUUUCCCAAGGGCUAGAUCUUUGUCAUUACUAUUGACACUUUCCAAUUUCCACAACACUUUCUCCCCUUUCAUCCCCUCCUCCUCCUCUCCAUCUCUGUAUUCAUGUGUGUUUGAGUAUGCAACAGCUGCAAAGUGAGAUAAUAUCAGCAUUACACACCCAGAUGGGAGAGGAAAGCCUAUUUAAAUGCAAAUUCCUCAAGUCUCAAUUUCUCUCAUUUAUUCUCUCUCCAUGUUUCGUUCUCUUCAUCGUUCUGUCUCUUUCCCUCCUUGACUCAUUGCUAGUUCUCUCCCUCCUUCCGUGGGCUAUUAGAAGAGGAGAUGUGUAGUGGCAGGAGAGAGUUCUCAGUAUUCCGUAGGACCAGGGCACAGUAGGGGGAUGGGGCCUUCAGAUAUUAACUCAAUGGCUAUACUCAACCUUCAUAUUACAACCACUAACUCUCUUGCUCGCUCUCUCUCCGCCUUCUCACAUUCUGUAUAGUACACAAGACAAAUACACUGCAGUACACACACGCACACACACUUGCGUUCCAAAAAUAAGUCAUACAGUAUGAGAAUAUGUUGAAAAUGUUCAUACAAAUAUUUAUUUUACAAAUCUUGAUACAGUUAUUGUAAUUCCAUAUCUGUGAUCUUAAAGCAAAAACUUAAGACUGAAUUUGUCAGUAUGAAAUUUAGGAUGGCUGGCACACACACACACACACACACACACACACACACACACACACACACACACACACACACACACACACACACACACACACACACACACACACACACACACACACACACACUCUCUCUCUCUCUCUCUCUCUCUCUCUCUCUCUCUCUUUCAGACGAAGAUUCUUGCAUACAAUAACACAAACAAGUUGAGCAUACAUUAUAUGUGUUUCAAAACAUAGGCACCUUUGUAGUGAAGGAUACAUAACAGGAGACAAAGGCCCCAUUCGAAUACUUCCUUUCUCCCUUCCUUGAAGUAGUCACAUAUCUGAAUUGGUUGUAUAAGGGAAAGCAUUGGUUGGCAAUCUUCCUUUGAUCUAUCCAACACUUAUGACUUGCGAUUACCUCAAGAAAACAAGGAAUUAAGGAUGAAUUCAAACAGUAUUCAAACAGAAUUCACAACCACGAUUUCAACACAAUAAAAUCCUCAACAUUGAACUUUUUAGUGACAACAAUGAUCGUACAAUGGCUAACAAUUGAAUUAUCAUAGUUUUGAAAAAUAAGCACAUGUAAAAGGGAAGAUUUGGAUAAAAACAAUUCAAUAUAAAAAUAAAUAAAUACUGUCCACAGAUUAGUAUAAAAAUCCCAUAGCAGUGGUAGUACUACUAGUUGUGGCUAGAUGGCACUACAGCUUCUGUUGUGAAUGUAGAGAUCCCUCACUAUGAGGAGACUGUUGUCUGCACAUCAAUACUGGGGAUACAAUACUGUCCAAUAUCCAAAUGUAAAAAAAAGAAAUGGCCUGGGACUAUUGGAAUCAGUUCCAGGAUAUGUGUAUGCAGUCUUGGAGACAAGCAUUUCACGACACCCGCUAUAACAUCUUCUAAAUAUGUGUAUGUGACCAAUAAAAAAUGUGAUAUUGAUUAGUGGUAUCAGAUCAGUCAGUCAUGUCUGGAACAAAAUACAUUACCACAGCUACUUCUCUGUGUUUGUCAUCUCAAACUCUCAUAAAAGAGAGGAUAUUGUACCAUCAUUUCAUCUGUUGUUUUCUUUUAUAUCUGAAGAUGGAAAAACUUGAGACUCAAUCUGUUUCACUUAGCUUUAAGGGUUAGGUUCUGUAGAAAUGUAAUAAUACCUUUAUUUCAUCUGGAGAUAAGACACAAAUCUAUUGCAUAUGUCUUCUCAUUA